AUCAUGCUGUAGGUUUGUUUUGGGAAGAUGACAUCAGUGAUGUUGAAGUAAAGGCUGAAGUAAUGACUCCUAAAGUAAAAACUCUAAAAAGAAAAAGAGAAUUGAAUGGACGUUAUUCUACACCUCGUUCUGUAAAGGAGAAUUCAAGCAAGGAAGAAUCAAGAAGUGAAGUUAAACACUACGCUUUGAGGCAAAGAAUGAAACAAGAACUGUCAAAUUUGAAAAAUUUAACUGGGGAUUCUGAUCCAGAAGAAAGCGAUGGAGAUUAUUCGUGUGAUGAUAAUGAUUCUGAAGAUGAUAAAGUGAUAAAUAAUGGCAAAACUCCUGGAAAGAAAAACAACAAAGAUAUGUGUGCAUUUGCAGAAUCCUAUUUUUUUGCUCAAAAGCAGUCAAAAUCUACUAACAUGACAUCCAACAGAACUUUGUCAAAAGUUAAACUAGAACAAAUGAAUAUUAAAGAACUAUCUGAAAUUUGUAAAAAUGCUCCAGAAUAUCACCAAGAAGAAAAAGAACUUUUAUUUAAAGAAUAUACAGUUUUGUUUCCAAAAUGGGAAUUUCUAUUACAAGAGUCUUUCAACAUUUUACUUUAUGGUGUUGGCUCAAAGCAGAAAAUUUUGAAUGCUUUCAGCGAAAAAUAUUUGGAAGAUAAUUUGUAUAUUGUUGUUCAUGGCUUCUUUCCUUCUUUAAAUUUAAAGCAAAUUUUAUCAUCAGUAACUGAAGAUAUCCUUGAGCAUGAUGGAAAAUUUUCCACUGUUCAGGAUCAGGCAGAAUUUGUUAAAGAAUAUUUUUCAGGAAGUAAGGAGCAUUUGUAUAUUGUGAUUCAUAAUAUUGAUGGAAUUGCACUUCGAGCAGUUAAAACCCAAAGAGUCCUUUCUUCAUUGGCAUCGAUUCCUAAUAUCCAUUUUCUGUGCAGUAUUGAUCACAUCAAUAGUCCUUUAAUCUGGGAUCAGAUUAUGCUUAAUAAGUUUAAGUGGAUAUGGUAUGAAGUACCAACUUUUGAACCAUAUAUUAUAGAAACAUCUUAUGAAAGUUCAUUUUUAAAAGAUCAGUCUACCCAUCUUCUUCUUAGUUCCUUGCUUCACGUGUAUCGUAGUUUGACACCCAAUGGGCAAGGUGUUUUUCUAAUUCUUGCUCAACACCAGAGAAAUGAGCAAAAAAACAACAGUUAUUCAGGCAUUACUUUUCAUGAAUGGUAUCAAGAAUGCAGAGAAGCUUUUCUAGCUAACAGUGAAAUUACUAUGCAAGCUCAAAUAUCAGAAUUCAAAAAUCACAAACUUUUGGCCUCUCGGAAAAGUCCUGAUGGAGUUGAAUUGUGGUAUAUUCCUGUAGAACAGAACACUUUAAUACAGUUUUUGGAGAGCUGUGAAUAAAGGUUGUACAUAAAUAUUUCCUCUGUUUACGAUUUACACCAGGUCAUUGUUUAAGAAGAAAAGUCCUUUCAUCUUGAAGCUGUAUUCAUUGUUCAUAUUGAAAGAUAUUUGUAAAAAUUACAUACUGUAUGCUUUGUGAAAUGUAUUUAAAUUUGUAUAUUGUAUCCAUUUCUAUAAAUUUUAUAAUAAACUUAUGCUAAUAA